CAAAUCCGACAGCCUCAUCGAUUUGGAAAUCUGGAAUUGGAAAACAUCGAUUGUCAAUUUUGAAAACAUCGAUUACGAUUUGCCAACACGGGUGCUGGACUUCGAAUUUUUCUCAACUUUUGAUUUUCCAAUUCCACAUUCCAUUACACUACCUGUAAUGGAUUUUUCCAUAUAAAUGACUGGACUUGGCCUUAAUCUGGUGUGCACGCCAUAGUGAAGUCUGGAUGUUGCGUUGGCGUUGCAGUUUUAUACAGUAUUGUACAAUUUGACAAUUACGAUGAAAAGUUGUUUUUCCUUAUUGUUUUAGUCUGUUUAAAUGGAUUUAUUCAGAUUUGCGGAUAUAUAUAUUUCAGAGAAAUCUGCAGCUGUUAGUAUGGCAGUUUUCGAUCCCUUUGAAGUGUCAUCCUGUGCUAUCUCGUGUCUCCUGGCUAUAUCGUCCCGUUUUGUAGGAUCUAUCGAGUUCUCAAUCUCCACUAUGUUGUUUCCAUGGAUCUCCAGGACGUUUCUGGAGAUUCAGAGUCUAUGAAAACUCCGUCGCCAUCAGUCGUUCUUCUGUGCAUUCCACCGGAUAAAGACAAGCCCAUGGAAAAGAUCCGCAUUAUACAGCUGUUCGGCGUCAAGGACUGCGAGUUCUGCUGGUAGAAAACGGUGAUUAUAUGGCCGUCAACGUGGAGCGUUUAUAACCAUAUCAAGGAAAGAGCGAAACAAGUUUGACUACGGUGGAAUAUUUCAUCAACCUGGAGAUUUUCGCCCUAAUUAAACGAACGGGAGCCCCGUAGAAUCCACUAAAAUACGAGAUUCCAUCGUAGAUUUUUCCCGGGAGCCAAAUGGCAACAAAUUAGUAGUGCUGACUGUUGCUGGUUCAGUAAAUUGACUAAUUUCCAUAGUUGACGACAAGGCAUCAUUUUGUAAUUAGUCAGUAAACGUCGUUGUCCAUGGAAAAGUUGCAGAAAAUUAGCGCUGCGGCACAAAGGUCGAGAAAGUUUCCUGGUCGCCAGUGGGUCAGUUCGUCGUUCACACGGCUUCCAGCGGAAGCGUUGGGUGUUUAAUUUUUUGUGGAUACCGCCGAUUUGUCAGUGUUGGGAGAUGUUUAACACUUUCUGCUCUUUGAUGUCCAGUGGGAUCCCACAGGACGCCACCUCACAGCAGUUACGUCCUCUUCGAAUGCCGGAAACAAGAAAGAGAAUGGAUUUACACUGAAUUCCUUUCAAGGCCGCUAUAUCCGUAAUGAGAAAGUGGAUGGAUUGAGUAUGCUGGGCUGGCGACCGAGACCCGCCCCUUCGAUUUUCCCGGCAGAGAAGCUUAAGGACAUAAAAAAAUUUUCAAAAAAAUUUUUGAAGAAAUACGCAUUGGAAUUUGAAAUUAAGGAUCGAUAGCUGGCGUCGAAGGCGUCGAAGGAAGUGUCGGAGCGACGAAAACGCCUGAUGACAGAGUUUAUGGAUUUUUUGACGACAAAACAGCGCAACUUCGAGCAAGGACGACACAAACCAGUGGCACGAAAACAAGGCUACAAACUAGGCGACAGGGUGUUUUGUGUGCUUGCGCGGAAGCGGCUACGGGCCGAGGCACACCGGUCGUCAUUUGCCAGUUGGCGCGUUCUCCGACAUGGACACGUCACCGCUAGCGGACAAACAAUUUCCAUUAUCGAGUUUUGUGGAGGAGGUCGGUGGUGUGGCACCCACGCCAGAGCUGGUUCCCUCCAAGUUGGAAGAAGAUGAGAAUGGAGAGGAGUUUAUACGUGUGAUUACGGUGGAUGUGGAGUACGAUAUUCCUAAUAUUGCCGAGUCGCUGUGACUGGGUCAGUGCGAUUGAGUCAUUACUCUCUUUUCUGCGAUAGACAAGUGUUUUUUGUUUAUUUCGGAUCUUUAUUUAUUGUUGUUAGUGUUUUGUCAUGCGGUUACGAAGUUAUCUUUUCUGUAAUCAAGAUUUGUCGACGAAGAUAAUUUUCCGGAAAUUUUUAAAUUAAGUUUAUUUCAUAGAAUUUUGGAUGCAGCCGCAGUUCGUACUACCUAGUAAAGACUUCAGAGUAAUAUAUGAAAUAUUUGCACUGAAACAGAUGCGCAAGUAAGGAAGAGGUGAUGGCAUUUUUGGUUGACUACUUGACUACCGAAACAUGCGAAUUGCUGAGUAAAGAGUGAAUUAAAACGUAAUAGCCGUUAACUUGGUUGGAAAGCAACUGGCACUAAUGCAAAACAACUACAAAACAGAGUUUCCUACUUCUACACAUUAUUACACACAAGUCCUGUAUUGUAACUUGUAUGUUUGCUUGUAAUUAACAUUUGGGUUUCACAAGGUAGAUUAUGCAUUGCAAAAAAGUAUCGUCAUUCGGUCUUACCAAAAAAACUGAUGCCGUUGCGUUGGAUCAAAAGGUGCCGAGUUUCUUCCUCGCCGCGCCGGUCGCCAUUGACGGUUUCGCCAUUGUUAAAACGUUAAUGGCGCGCUUCUUAGUGAAUCCACUUCCGAUUGGCCUGUUACAUAACAGGCGUGCUGAGCUGGUACGUCUUUGCCACGCUUGUUCUAACUGCCGAUGAGACCAGAGUGCACUGGACGUCUGGACGGUUAGUUUAAAUUUCAGUCACAGGCAAUUUCUUUUAAAAUUUGUUAGAAUUGACGCAUGUUUCUGAAGUUCGUUAGCGGAGAAAUUAAACCAGCCGUUUUUGCGAUAAACUGAAUUUUUUCAUAGAAACAUAAUGGCGAGUCUAUUGCAGUACGAGUAUAAGUGUGAUUUCUCUGACUGCCAUUGCAUUAUCCGAUCUCCUACAGAAUUAAAUUUUUCAUGGGCGUUAGGCAAUGCGAAUUGUUCUGGACGUAACGGUUGCGGUCAUUACUUGGCAAUACAUCAUUUAAGGAACUGGGAAGAUCAUUUGCGGCAUCAUGUUAACAGCCAGUCUGGACGCAACAUAAAUGAAGCAGACCAAUGUGUGAAUGGAAUUCCGGCGAUUGUCACAUCUCCGCAAAGCAUCGAUCAGUUGGCAGAAAACAGUCCGUUUGCGACAGGAGAUGGCAGUGAGUCUGGAUUUCGUGCCUCGAGCAAUACCCAUGGACAGCCAUCUACGCAUACUCCACAUAGUGAGCCGAUGAAUUACCGCGCCGGGGUCGGUGCUGGGUCAGGAAAUCGGUUUCCCGGUGGAAGCGGAGGUGUUGGACAUGGGGGCCGGUUUCCCGGCGGAAGCGAACGUGUUGGACGUGGGGUCCGGUUUCCCGGCGGAAGCAGAUGUGUUGGACUGGGUGGGUCACCGUCGUUUCCAUUUAGUGGGUCAGCUGGGCGAUGGGCUGCGACGACCGGUGGACGAGGUACUGCGAAGCGCCCGAACUUAGCCAUUCAUCGGUCACCAGCAUUCAAUGCACAAGCGCCACCAGAUCCAAUUAAAGAGCCCCAGCUUGAGAUUACAUACAAUUUCCGCGUGUAUUUGUUUCGAAAGAGGAACAAAAAUGUGGUCCCGCCUCCAAAAUCAAAAAACGAACAUCAGCUUGAACUGGAGCUGAUGGACCAUAUGGGACUUAUUCGGUUAAUUGAAUUUGAUAAGCUUACGCAAGAUCACAUCAUCCAGAGCAUUUCUCAGCUUUUUGUGGAUCGUCUGCAAGGUCGGCCUUGGACACUUCUGUCGCGCACUGGAAAGGGGAAAAAGAAAGGAUACUGGCUGUACGCGGCAAAUGUUGUUGAUCACCGGGCUUGGGAAAAGCAAGAAAUGAUUUCUGAAACGGAGGUUGGCGACGUUUAUCGUCACAUUUUCAUUGCAAUGAAUGACGGCUGAGGCUCGAGGGAUGACCGUUGAGGAAUUACCACUGGAAAAUAUCGAAGAAGCGGUCAAGCGAGAAAACAACCGCCGAGAUGACCAGCAGGCCAGUACAUCCGGCCUUCGCUCAACUGCCCGCGUAGAUGAUGAAGGAGGCUUUUCCAGCUUUGGUGGCCGUGGAUCCCGCGGCUUUACAGUUGGCAAGCGACGUAGCACUGUUUUUGACCUGGACACUCCACCAUCAUCACCGGAGCGAGAUCACCGCCCAGUUCGCUUUGCGGGUGUUCGGAUCCCAGCGAAAGGCCCGCAAAACCGAUCAGAGAUUGUAACACUGCAUUUCUCAGACGACAGUGAUGUUGAAUCCCUUGAAACGCCGUCCGUAAAAGAAAUUCUGCCUCUAUUAUCCACUAAAGACGAUGCGGAAAGUUCAGAUCCCACGUUAAAGAAAAGAUUUACAGUACGAGAUCUUCCGGAACCUGAAAAUCAAUACUUGACGGUUAAGGAUAUGCGUGAUCAAUUAUCCGUUAAAAUGACACACGAGUAUCCGAUGGUCAAGUCACAGUUCGUAUACGGGUGGCUUCAGGAGAAAAAUGUUGAAAAUUUCAGCAAUUUCUACUGUGCGCAUGGUGAUGACCUUGCCAAUGCAGGACGGUUUCAAGUCCGAAUGGAUGGUGCGGUCGAUGCUGAUGGCCCUUACAAAGAAUUCGGUUCUCGCUAUUGGCAAGAUGCUCGUUAUUAUAAAUUCCCGGAUAUUAACGAGCCCCUUUUUGUGGAAAUAAAUUUGGUGGUGCUGUACACGGCGGUUCCCAUUGUAACCGAAGAAGGGCGCGCUGUCUUAAGGGCUUCCGGUUUUAUGUUGCGCGAAGCAGUGAUGCGUGGUGCGUCGUAUCCCGACUGGCUAUCCAGCAGCGUUCUGCGAAGCAUGCUAGGUUUACCCCUUGAACUGAAUGAGGUGUUCCAUUUUGAUAAGGGCGUGGGAGAUAUGAUCGAGCGUAUUUUAUCGGGGUCUGGAGAAUUAACCAUGCAUCAAGAGCCGAUGCUGAAACAAUGGGCGGAAAAUAAUCCAACUUUCCCGUGUAGGGAGCUGAUGAAAAGCAGCCGGGAAACAUUCUGUCAGUACAUUGCUGAGUACGAACUGGUAGGCAAGCGAGCUGAAAAUCUCCGCUACGUGUACGAAGGUUUCUUAGCCGGUGGUUUUAUUAAGGAAUUAAAAGCACUACUGCCAAAUUGGAAGAUAAUGGAAGAUGCGCUGUACAAUUCAGUAUUGAUGGGAAACGACUUGUUGGAGCAAUUUAUCGCUGUGGAUUACGAUGAAGCUUCGGCCGAUGAGGUCGUGCUCGCCGCCUGGCUAGACGAUAUCAUCAAAGAUGACCUCUCCUGCUCCGACCGUCGAAAGUUACUCCGAUUUAUCACAGGCUCGCAUUCAAUGCCGGCAUCUCCAAAGAUUCAGAUUCUUUUUAGCAACGAUGGACGUUUUUUGCGACGACCGACGGCCGGAACGUGUAAUAACACCCUGCUUCUUCCCUUGGCCUGUCCGAGCAAAGAGAAAUUGCUGGAAUUGAUUCGGGAGUGUCUGGAUACGAUGGAUCACCCCCUACAAGGAAGUUUCCAACUUGGCUGAAAUUGAGUUAAGUGGACUGCGUUAAACAGUAGUAGUUGCAUAGCGGUUGUAUAUGCGUGAUAGAAACCAAAACGAUUCGCUGAUUAGUAGAACGGUUUUCCAGAUCAAAUGAACAACGUGUAAGGGAAUUUAAAUUUUUAUUUAUGACUAUUUGGAUUUCCAGCACCCGUAAUUCAACAAUAAGUCACAUAACCUAAUUUACGAAAAUGCUAUGCGUCCGGAAACAUUCCGGACGCAUAGUUAAAUUGCUAAGCGCCCGAAAAUCAUGUUAGCGUGGUGAGAUGGGUGUUUAUUUGUGAUUCAAACCCAUAACAAUAAUUUGUCUACCCAUAACAAUAAAAAUGACCUUCGAUUUAAAAUAAAACAAUUAAAGUAGUGUUAUCGUAAAUCGCUGCUGUUUUCAGGGCUUGUUAUGCGGUAACGGUAACUGGACGGCCGUGUGGAGGAAGAAGCUGCAGAUUACUUUUUAUACCUUUUUUAACCUGAUUUGAGUGGAAUAAUCAAUUGAACUUGGAUUUAGUCCAGCUCGGAUUUGGAUAGCAAGUAGGAUGGUGGUGUGUAAACAUGCCGGCAUCGGCAGCACCUAUUUUGUUGCUUUGGUUUGUGUGUAUAUUUUUUUAGCACCCCUGUUUUGUUUCGAUUUUUUGCACUUUCGCUUACUGGGCGAAAAGUUGACACAUUUGGUUUACUGCUGCUUUUUUGGAGGUAAUUUGCUGCGGAUUUGAGUGUGGGGCUUUUUCUGGAAUAUUGAUACUUCUUACCUUUUCCUUUUUGGAAAAAUUGUGGCACCAUGUGAAUGUGCGGACGAACUGAUGAAAUUGUUUUUGGUUUUUUGGACUGUUUAACUUUAAACUAAGUUUACCGCUAUUUAGUAACAAUAAAAUUA